AUGACUUGCCCUGCAUGCUCGCGCCGGGCGCUCGGCCUCUUCAUUGAGAGUACGAGCGGCUUAAAUACCACCACCAUACUGCGUUCUCGCCGAUUGCCUUCGAACAACGCGCCGCCACCGCUGCGGCAGCAACAGCAAACCCGCCUGAGAGCUUUCAGCGCGCGACCCGCCCUCCGUACCCCCGACGCCUUCCGCUUGCCAGAUAUUAGACAAACUGACGGUGCCGGUGCGGACCAAAAUGCCUCGCAAGACGCUGCCAUCGUGCCGUCGAAUAUCAACCCCGAACCAAGAGCGCCGACGGCACAACUGCGCGACGAUGCAGAAGAUACAAUUGCUGCUGGAGAUGGGGCUCAUUCUGCUGGGAGCGUAGAUGCGGCCGCGGACCCUGAUCCGUCGGAGCUGCGCAAGGACGUUGGGCUGGGGUCGGACAAUGUGCAGCACCAGUUGUGGGACCUGACUGGAGGCGUGUCCGGGACACGGCCACCAUGGGACAAAAAAGAGAAGAAGGAUAAGAAAAAGAAGAACAAACGGGAGGGUGACGAGGAGAAUGCGGUUAGCUCAGGCGACCAGUCUGGGAAGAAGAACAAAAAAGUUGCAGAGAUUUUCUUACAAGGCGGCGUUCCCAAGGUUGCUGCGCACGAAGACGUGAGGAGGAAAACCUGGGGCAAUGACAAGAAAAAGAGAAUGUUGCCUUGGCAAGUGCAGAAGGAAGCGCUAAAGGAAAAGUUUGGGGACGAGGGCUGGCAACCGCGCAAGAAGCUGUCGCCCGACGCAAUGGACGGAAUAAGGACGCUUCAUCAGUCGGAUCCUGAGUUGUACACGACGCCGGUGCUGGCCAAUGAGUUCAAGGUUAGCCCGGAGGCGAUCCGGAGAAUCCUCAGGUCCAAGUGGCGGCCCGAGGACGAAGAGCAGGAGGAGCGGGCGCAGCGCUGGGAGAAGCGCGGCGAGAAGAUCUGGGAGAUGCAGGUGGAGAAGGGGAUCAAGCCUCCCAAAAAGUGGAGGGUCAAGGGUAUAGGGAGUGUGCAUGGAGGCAAGGAUACGGUGCCGCGGUGGAAGCAGAAGCGAGGCCGGAAUGGCGAAGGACAGUACGGACAGUAUGAGCCGAGGAAUCGCGUUUCAGAGUUUGCGCGGCCACGGGGACCGGGUGCCAACUACGGCGACGAGGGUGGCUGGAACGACAGGAUUCUGUAG